AAUUCUAAUAAAGAUAAAUUUUUAUGAGAUGUUUGAAAGAAAAUAUAAAUUAUAACUCGUGUAUCCCAAUUAUCCUUUUGCAUUAGAAAUUUCUAACGUUAACUUUGUAGCAUCAAAUCAAACCUUCUUUUUCCUCUUCUUCUAAUGGCUUCCAUUAACAACUUCAACCCUUUUGGUGGCAACUGGUUCAACAAACCCCAAAACCCUCUCCCUGCUCUUAACUUCAACAUCCUCGGAUUCUUCGAACACAACGCCAACUCUCCGCCCUUCGCCGCCAUCGGGAUCCCGAGGUUCUUCCGCUGAAGGCCCAAGAAGCCCAACGAUGGAGAACCUGGCCACUUCACUCAGAUGACUCACCAGUUCUUCUGGGAAUGUAAGAACAUCCCUGAUUACAGUUAUCAUGAGGAGUGGUGGAUGGUACUAUAAGGACAGGCUAGGUCGUACACGAGGACCCCUGGAGUUAAUUACGCUUAAAACUGCUUGGGGUGCCGGAAUUAUAGAUAAGAACACUUUCAUUUGGGGCGAAGAUAUGGAUGAGUGGGAUCCAAUCCACAUGAUUUAUGGAAUGGAGCGUGCAAUUGCUACUUGGGAAGUUAGAUUCGCUGCUUCAGCAACGGCUUUUCUUCACAAACUUCAGAAGGGCAUACCACCAUGGGUUCCUCUCAAGGGAUUUGAAAAGAAGACUUAUAAGCAGCUUGAAGAAGAGGCUAUAGAAAGCAAGAGACGUGAUUUAGCGGUGUUAGAAGCUAAUGAUGGUGUUUGGCCAGGAGUUAGAAUUCCAAGUCAUGCCCUAUUUCUUUGGGCUAGUGGCUCUGAACUCACCACUAUUUUGGAAGAGGAUCACAUGCCCAACAAAUACAUUCCUAGACAUCUUAAGAUAAUUGUGAGACAGGUUGCAGUUGGCAAAAAUUAUUCCAGGUUUGAGGCCAUGGGAAGUUCUGAGUAUAGAACAAGCAAUGGAUCAAAUAACAUUUAAUGGCCAAUGGUACCGGGAACCACUCGGCUCAUUCCAGACUGGUCCACCAUACAUCCAGCACUGGAAUAAGGACAUAAUGAGGUUAUAUAAGAUAUUCGAAGAUCUCAACGACGAGGUGUAUGAAAAUUUCAUGAGGAACCUCCCGGGAUUUGAUAAAAUUGCAGAGAAGGUUCAGAGAGAUUUUGUUACAAAAUUUCAAUAAACUGUUGGAGAAGAGAGAAGCGGAGAAAAGGAGGCGGCGGCGGCUUGGUAGGUGAGCUGCAGUGGUCGCUUCUUGUCUCUUCUCUCACAUGAUAUCGACAUAUCGAAUUUUAAAGAUUCUGGUUAGGUCACUAGCAAGAACAUUUCAUUUGCCCAGUUCAUGAUGAAAAUAACGAUGAGAAGGCAAAUUUUGGGUGGAGAGGGAAAUCAAACUGUAAGUUGCCACCAGGUAUUGUAGCUUCUGCUGAAAUGACACACACUCUCUCUCUAAAAUGUUGUCUUAAUAUAGAUGGUUGGUCAAGCCGUUGCGAGUGAUCUAUUGGUUUGGAACUUUGGUAGUCUACACGGGAAUGGUUCGUCUUAAUUGAGAAAUGCAUAAACACCCAAAUUGAUUUCCAAAGAAUUCUAGAUCGGACAAUUUGGUCUCUAAUAAAUUUUUAUCCUGUAAAAGUAUUCGAAAAUUACUCCCGUCGAACGUAUUGGUCGUUCUGCUGGCAUUCUGGCAAAAGGCCAAUUUGGUGUCAUCAAGAAUCGUGAGAAGCACAAGGGAAGUUUUGAGACCAUCCAUGUCCAGGAUGCUACUGAUUAGGAGUUUGCAACCCGCAUGGGGAAUCCGUUCAUCAUCGGCAAUGGAACAAAGCCUUGGGUGUCUCUUCCCAAAGUUGUCGAUCAUGGAAGAGGCUAGAAAGAGGCUUGCUGUUCAACAACAAACUGCUGCAUAAAUUUAAUUAUGAUAUUGUUGGAAAAUUUUGGUUUUCAGAUUCAGAUUCUUAAGCUUUGGGGCUUACUCUCAGCAUUGUUUUGUUAGCACAAUUGUCAACAAGCUUCAUGUGAUCUCAGCCUUAUUACCAUGAUCAAUAGUUGAAUACUAAUAUACUGUGGUGAGUGGUGACUUAUUCUUGUUUCAUUCUUUUGAUAUCUAAAUUUCAAAUUUACUUCUAUAGAUUCUAGGGUGUUUGAUCUUUCAUUGAAUAAUUUAUGUUUGUUAAUGUAUGUUUUUAUAUCAAUGACAUGAACUUAUGUUGGUUUACUGUUGUC